AUGAUCCUCAGAAUCGGCGUGAAGAUCGACCUGAACCAUCCUUCAGAUCUCGAACACCCCGAUCCAGGCACACGUUACGACCAAGUCUCGGUCAAGGCGCUCAUCACUUCAUCGUCAUCGUCGCCGGCCGUCCUCGCCCACGCAGGAUCGCUCCAAAGCAAGGGCCAGGAUCAUCGCCAGCUGGAUGCCAACGCUGCCUAUGGUUUCACCUUGCGGCGACAUGUUCUACCUACAGAAUUCUUGCGAGCCAAUAAGACUGCUAACAUGCCGAUUCAUCAAGUGCCAUUAGCGGCUCUGCUCCACUCGAAUCUGGAGUCAUGGCCUUUGAGAGUUGUGGCCAACGGCAAGGCAGUGGCUGUUGAGGUGUUCAGAUCUCGCCAGGAAGCUGUGUUCCAUUCUCUUCUCAGCAAGCGCACGCGAGACCAUUUUCCCAAGUUGGAUCUCAAUGAGUUUAUCAAAAGUGCGCAUCAGAGAUUGUCAGGCACAGUGAACUACAGCGGGGUCAAGGACCUCAACGAUUGGUCCUACCGAUUCAAACUCACCGAGCUCGCGGCGAAGGAAACGGCGGAGAUGAUGGUCGCCAAACUUCCGGUCACACAGUCACAGGACCUCCUGAACAGGAUGCAGGCCCUGGAAGAAGAAAACCAACCACUCAAGGCAGCAGGAGGACCGUCUCAAGCAGUCCAACCUUCGGCAAAGAACCAGAUGCCGCGGCCUGCCACAGUCUCACAAGAGCAUGCCACGUUGCUGCUUCGGUUCCAGAAGUUCGAAAGUCAAGCGCAGGAGCCAAAACACUUGUCGAACAACCUUUCAGGGACAUCCACUCAGGCAGUCGCAGGAUGGAUCCGUGCCAACUGCGGAUGUGGAGAUGCCACUGUCAAGGAGCGACACACCAGCAUGAUGACCGAAAUCCAGGACCUCAUCAAGAACGCACCGGCAGGAGUUCUCCCAGAUCGUGGCUCAUUGUUGGUGUCGUGGGGAGCCACAGUGGAGCAGGCAGCCAAUCGCAAGAAUGAGGCACUCAUUUUUAAGUUGCUUGCAGCGUGUGCUGCCUUGAGGGAGUGA